UUUUCAUAUUUUAACCAACACAUAGGUCAGAACCGUCUCACAGUCACAUUAGACUAGUGGUGCACCCAAGGAGCCCAAAACCAUGUUUUCCACCAAUGAAAUGCCAUCUCCAUACUCAUUUUUCACAGCCAUGGCUUCCAUUACAGCCUCCAUAAUGUUUUUCCAGUCCAUGAUUACUCAAAUCGUACCCAAACAGAUCAGCAACUACCUUAUCUCCUUGCUCCAGGACUUGUUCAAAAUCCACACACCGACCAUAACCUUCAUCUUCGAAAGGAGCAGCGAGUACGGGCCCUGCAACGAGAUCUACGACGCCGCCAGCGUUUACAUCAACACCCUAAAACGUAGCCCCGAAACCAAAAGGCUCAGAGUUCGCAAAACUCCCAAAGAGAAAGGUUUGGUCUUUCGUCUCGACGAUGGCGAGAAGGUAACCGAUUUGUACGACGGUGUGGAGCUCGAGUGGAGAUUCGUACUUCGCACCGAGUCUGACAAGGACAGCAUAAGCGAUAGCUACGAGAGGCGGCUCUACGAGCUGAGCUUUCACAAGAAACACGAAGACAAAGUUUCAAAAUCCUAUAUCCCUUUCGUACUCGCGAGAGCCAAAGCCAUUGAAGAAGAGAAUAGGUUUUUGAAGAUGCACACUCUCAAUAUUGGCUUUGGCGGCCCCUGUAGCGGUGUCAACUGGCAAUUUGUUAAUCUAGAACACCCUGCAACGUUCGAGACUUUGGCCAUGAACCAGGUUAAAAAGACUAGUAUUAUUGAGGAUCUCGAUAGGUUUGUGAGGAGGAAAGAGUUUUACAAGAAAGUUGGGAAAGCGUGGAAACGUGGGUACUUGUUGUAUGGACCGCCGGGGACUGGCAAAUCGAGCUUGGUGGCCGCCAUGGCUAACCACCUUAAGUUCGAUAUAUAUGACUUGCAACUUGGUAAUAUACAAAGAGAUUCAGACCUAAGAAGGUUGCUUCUGGCAACCGCUAACAGGUCCAUACUAGUCAUUGAAGACAUUGAUUGCAGUGUUCGUCUCCCUGAUCGUCUCAACGUUGAGGGAGAUCAACACAAGUCUGACAACCCAAACGACAAGAAAAGUGUUUUGACAUUAUCUGGGCUACUGAACUUCAUAGAUGGAUUAUGGUCAAGUUGUGGAGAUGAGAGGAUUAUCAUAUUCACCACAAACCACAAGGAGAAGCUAGAACCGGCUCUCUUGCGACCUGGCCGCAUGGACGUGCAUAUUCAUAUGGGUUACUGUACUUACGAGGCAUUCAAUCAAUUGGCCUCAAAUUACUUGAAUUUCUCUGGUGAGCAGCAGCACCACCACCUAUUUGGGGAGAUCAAAGAGUUACUCGAAGAAGUAGAGGUGACUCCGGCCCAAGUUGCAGAGGAGUUCUUGAAGCAUGAGGAUGCUGAUUCUGCACUUGAUCGACUUGUCAAUCUUCUUAGACGAAUGAAAAAUAUGGAAGGAGAUCAUCUAGAUCACUCUGAGGCUAUAUAUGAUCAAUAAUUAAUAAUGAAAAAGAUAAGGCAAAUCUGCUCAAUUAGCUGGUAGUAUACAUGAUGACAUGUGUACUCUCUGAUUAUUUCUACGUUGCAUUGCAUGAUUCUGUCCUAUAAUAUUGGGCUGUAGCCAUGGCAGACACAAAUAAGAAUAAGUUUUGUCUCGUUUGGUUUGAAUUGGUUGGCUUACAGCCUCGGCCAUUGCUCUCUCACUCUAUUUAUUCCAUAAUAAAUUAUAUAUGUUUUAUUA